CUCUCUCUCUCUCUCUCUCAGAAGGCUCAGCGCAGAUUCUCUGGAGAUCUCCGUCAUGGUUUUCCGUGGAUUGCUCCAUGCUCUCCUGUGGGAACAGUAACUCCUGCUGCAGAUCUCUAUAUUAAUCGAUGCUUCUGUGUCGCGAGUGUUUCAGAUGUUUGUCCUGGCGCGUCGUGCGAGUCUCCAGUGCGUCUGCGCGCGGCGCGCGGCGGGUCGGAUGGAUGUUGUCGGACUUCUCCUCGCGCAGAGAAUCUGAAAAGUUCUGGAUAGAAGAGAAACUUCAUGUGCGAUUAAUCUGAGGAAGGAAUAUUACUGAGCGAAACUCAUUCUGUGGGAAUAAUGAUGGCUGCGUCUGUGUUUCUGCUGCUGCUGAUGAUUGGGUGUGUGAAGGGCUCGUCUCUGCUCGUCUCUGACAGUCGUUCCCCUCGGCUGGCGCUGGAGAAGAGUCUCGGCUGGCCGUCUAAAGACACGCAGUGCCUCCACAUGCUGAAACAUCUGCACAACGGCGCCCGCAUCACUGUCCAGAUGCCGCCCAACAUCGAAGGCCACUGGGUGUCCACUGGCUGUGAGGUUCGGCCCGGUCCGGAGUUUCUCACUCGCUCGUAUCGCUUCUUUCACAACAACACCUUCCAGGCUCACCAGUUCUACUACUCCGACAACCACUGCACCGUCCCGACCUACACGCUGCUGGUCCGGGGCCGACUGCGCCUCCGACAGGCGUCCUGGAUCGUACGGGGCGGAACGGAGGCCGACUACCAGAUCCACAGCACACAGGUGGUGUGUCACUCGGCGUCGGUGGCGAAAGAGCUCGGUCAGAGGCUGAACCGCAGCUGCAGAGGCUCCUCGCGUGAGUUCGGGUCCUGGCUGCCGAACGUGAGUUACGAGCUGUGGAGCGACGAGGGCGGCUGCGACUGCGACUGCUCCAGAGGCCUGAACUUCGCCAUGCACGAGCUGCAGCUGCUGCGGAUGGAGAAGCAGCACCUGCAUCAUCACCUGGAUCAGCUGGUGGAGGAGCUGUACCUGGGCGACAUCCACACCGAACCCGCGCAGAGGAUGUACUACAGACCCUCCAGCUAUCAGGCCGCGCUGCAGAACGCCCUGAAUCACGAUCACAGCUGCAUCGCCUGCCGGAUCGUCUCCCGCUCGGACGCCUUCCACCCGCCCGUCCUCCCGCCGCGGCCGGACCUGACGGUGAGUCUUCACGGGCACUGGGCGUCCCGGCGCUGCGAGGUCCGGCCGGAGGUUCUGUUCCUCACGCGCCACUUCAUCUUCCACGACAACAACAACACGUGGGAGGGGCGUUACUACCACUAUUCUGACCCGGUCUGCAAACACCCGACCUUCAGCAUCUACGCCAGAGGACGCUACAGCCGCGGGCUUCAUUCCACACGCGUGAUGGGCGGCACCGAGUUUGUGUUCAAAGUGAACCACAUGCGUGUGAUGCCCAUGGAUCUCGCCACCACCUCGCUGCUGAACGUCUUCGAUGGAAACGAGUGUGGCGUUCAGGGCUCGUGGCAGGUGGGCGUGGAACAGGACGUGACUCCGACCAAUGGCUGCGUGGCGCUGGGGAUCCGCCUCCCGCACACGGAGUACGAGCUCUUCCGCAUGGAGCAGGACGCUCACGGCCGAUACCUGCUGUACAACGGCCAGCGGCCCAGCGACGGCUCCAGCCCGGACCGGCCCGAGAAAAGAGCCACGUCCUACCAGAUGCCCUUGCUCCAGUGCAGGUCAGAGGUCAGCGCGGGUCACGGCGCAGAGCGGCCGCAGCGGCUGAGCAACGGUUGCCGGGGCGGUUACCAUGACGACCUGGCAACGACACUGGCGGCGGUUUCAAGUUUGGCGUUCAUGGGUUUGUUCGGCUGAAGGACGAGAGCAGAUGAUUCUGUACAUGUUGACUUGACCCAGAAUGCACUUGAGGGACAAAUGUGGGACGAAUGAAAACUGCUGCACAACAAUAACCGCACUUUACUAGAACGAAGUUCACUUCUGACGAGAUUUUAUUUCCUGAAACACGUAAACGAGUCCUGGAGGGAAAACACUCUCCGAAGUGAAGAUUCUGUCAUUAUUUAUUCACUUUCUUUUCCAACAAAUCAGAGGCCAGGAGCCUCAUUCAUGUGUGUGUGUGUGUGUGUGUGUGUGUGUGUGUGUGUUUGACUCUGCUGUAUGAUUAAAUCUGAUCAUAUCUGUGUUUUAUAAUCGGGGCUCCUGGACUGUCAAAAACACUAUAAAUAUUAGGGCUGGGUAUCGAGACAAUUUUCACAGUUCGAUUUGAUUACUAUUCACAUGCUUUCGAUUCGAUUCAAUUACGAUAUCAAUUCGAUAUCGAUUAUUUUGGAUGCAGUAUUUCAGUUUCAGUUCAUGGUAAAUUUUCUAGAGGAAAGAAAUCUCAACUAAUGCUGUAAACUACACAUGAGAAUCAGUUGGUGCUACUAUAAUAAUAU